CCUCCCAUCAGAAGUCAGUAAAUCCUCUGGAUCGUCAUUUUUUGCAGCGGAGGCCACCUUCUUCACCCGACGCACCGUGACUGAGGCUCCGUAUCCAUCCAUCCAUCCAUCCAUCCAUCCAUCCAGACCCCGGAUGCUGCAACAACCUCAUCUCUAAUUUGCACGCACACUUGUGCUUUUUUUUACCCGGCAUGUAACCCGGGUGAUCGCUCAUUCAGUCCGGUGUAUGUGCGUCUUUUUCCCCCCACCUCAUGGAGGAGCAGUAGUGGUGGUGCUGUCGGUGGAUGCACCGCCCUGCAGGCUGCCGGGAAGAGUCGGAGCUCCACACCGACUGGAGGAAAUCGUUGAAAAUGGUCGGUGGUGUCUCGGGCUCAUUUUGCCGUCAUGUGAACGCGGAUGAAGCGCGUCAACCUGUCGGGGAUGAUGGUGAAACCAUGCGGUUGGGUGGUGUGCCCUAACCUCCCCUGUUCCUCGCCUCCCACCUGAUCACCUCUCCUGUCUACCUCCUCUCUCCUCCCGUACACCAUGACGACCACCCUGGAGACGCUGCUGGCCCAGCCAGACCAGUUUCAGUACCCCGAGCCACUGAAUGGCUGCGAGGAUGUUCGUGGUCGCUACAUGGUGGUUCCCUCUGUUGUCUGCUCCAUGUGCUGCCUCUUCGGCAUCAUUUACUGCUUCUUUGGCUAUCGCUGCUUCAAAGCGGUGAUGUUCCUGACGGGCCUGAUGUUUGGCUCCGUCGUCAUCUUCAUGCUCUGCUACAAGGAGCGCGUUCUGGACACCCAGCUGAGCGUGGAGGCCUCGGUGGGCAUCGGCCUCGGCAUCGGCACGCUCUGCGGCCUGGUCACCAUGCUGGUCCGCAGCGUAGGCCUCUUUAUGGUGGGCCUGCUGCUCGGCCUGCUGGUGGCUGUGGCCACCCUGGUGGGCAUGGAGGAGCUUUCCGACAGCCCGCCACGCUCCGUCUGGGUGCCCCUGGGCGUGCUGCUUGGCCUGGGCAUGCUGUUCGCUGUGCUCACCCUGCAGUGGCAGCGCCUCUUUACCACGUUGUCCACAGCGAUGUUUGGUGCAGCAGUCAUCACUGUGGCGCUGGACUACUUUGUGGAGCUCUUUGCUCUCGUGCUUUACAUGUACGAGCGAAUGAAGGCAGCACCUGGAAAGCCUGUGUGCUGGCUGACGUGGGUGGUGCUUGGGGUAUGGCCGGCCCUCACCCUACUGGGUGUCAUCGUCCAGUGGAAGGUGACUGCUGAAGGAUACUCCCAUACCAAGGUAAUCAUCAGCCGGCAGCAAAGGAGGAUGCAGGUGAUGCGGAUUCGUCAGCGGGACGACCGCUAUCGCAAGAAGAAGAAGAAGCAGCAACAUGGCUCCUCCUCCCACCACCAGGCCAAGCAACUUCACACUGAGCCCGCAUACCGCCGCAAACCCAACCCUAUCCGCCGCUACGACACCGAUGUCCUCUCGCCGAGCUACAUCCAGAGUUUCAGAGAACGGCAGGUGCAGGCGCAACCCUUCCCGAGCCGAAUGGUUGGCGGGCCCCACGCCGUUGUGGAUGUGGGCUACGAUUGUGGCUCGACUACACCUCUCACUGGAGCUGCUGGACCUUCAUUACGGGUCUGAUCACUCCUCCACCUCUCAGAAGCCUGAACACACUCCUUAACCACAGGAGUCUACAAUCACUACCCCAUCUGUGCUUGAAAAAAAUGCAAACUUUCUGGGUUCAAACAUUAUCUGGGUUUAGCCAAAUCCCUAAAAGGAUGAAAAUAUAUUUAGGGCUGGGUUUACCCAAAAUGCAAAAUAUGUUUAACCCUUUACUGAAUACAUUUCUGUUCUCCUGGCUACUUGUCAGAGCCAUCAGUGUGGUGCAGAGGUUCGGUUGACCUCUUUUCACUGUUUUUGCAGUAGAUUCAAGUGCACAAACGCAUGCAUGCACUUCCACAAACACAGACCGCAGCUACAAUCCUAAAGGUAGACGUGGAAACCUGAAGAAACCUGCCGUACUCGGCUGCAGCCCGUACGCCGCCGUCGCAAAUCAAUACCGAUCAGGGAUCACAGUUUCAGUGCAAACCCGCCUCAGGUUCAAACACAGGCAUUGUAUGAAAAAUCAAAACACAACUUCGCCCACGUUCGGCGUGCUGUUUCUACUGCUGUUGUCGUUUUUUCAGCUGAUGGUGCAGAAGUUCCUCAGCCUGUAGGCUUCUUAAAUGUCCAACGAAGAUCAUCCAUAAGGGAAGUGAGGGCCCUUAAAUGCAAACCGCAAUCUUUUAUUUGCUUUCUGUGCCAUGUGGACUAUCGUCCCCUGAAAUGGGGAGAGACGUCUUUAAUGUCGUUUUUAAAGGAGGGAAACCCUUCGUCACCCUUGGUGCUGGACGAUACUCUUCUUCAAGCGUCAAAACUGCUCUUUGAUGGCCGGGGAAUCUGUUUUUAACGGGUGCCUUGCCCCUCUUGUGGACUGUACCAUUCAGCAACAGGAGGGGGGUUACUGGCAGAUCUCCUAUCAAUGGCUUGUUUUUGCAUUAAAUGUGAUCACAGAAGGAAUUUCCAAUGGGAGCUAUGAUAAGCAGGGUAAAAGAAUCCGGGAGUGGAGCUUGUUGUCUUCACAGAUGCCCGGAUACAUGAGGAGGAUUUGUUUUUAGCCGACAGCAAGGAAGCCACAUUUACACUGGCACCUCGUCUGAGAUCUUACACACAACGUAAGGAAAACCACAAUCUGGGAUUAUUUUGCAACCUGAAAUUUCAUCCCUGCAGUGCAACCUGUUCACCCUCCAAGAGAUUACUUACACUGCUAAGCAGAGCAGCUCGUCCCUAACUUGAGGCUGGCUCCAGAAGUCCCCAUGUUAAAACUUCACAGCAGAAAUAAACAACAGUUUUUGGUGGCUUCACUUCACAGACACUUUUGAUAAGCACCUUUUAACAAACCAGACUGAGAUGCCAGUGUGAAUGAGGCUCGGGGACUGAAACCAGUGGACUCGUGGCUAUACCAACUUGUACUUAGACAAACAACAACAACUCCUUCCAUCAUGUGCAUUGAUUUUCUUUAUUUUACUUGUCACCAGUGAAAAUGUGAAUAAUAACUCAUCGUCUUAAAAGCAGAUGUGGGGGGAUUGGGGGGGAGGUGUGUGGUACGUUUUGUAUCCAUCUGUGGGGAAAAUGCAUGAUCUUACCCCUCCGUCCUGUCCACCCCGAUCCGCCCUGCGUGGCUUCUUUUUGCCUCCACCUCCACCUCCACCUCCACCCUUCUCAUGUGCAUCGAUGUGGAAUUUGUACAUAAAACACAGCACUUACUAACUCCGUUUUUGUUGUUAUUUUUACCAUUUUUAAAAGUUUUUUCAUUUCUUAGGAAUCUAAUUUAAUUGUUCUUUUCCAGUGGGGAUAUAUUUAUUUGCUGAUUUAUUUAUUUCUCGAGCCGUUCUUGUAAAGGAGAGUGCAAUGUCAUCACUGUAGGCCAGUAACUCAAUGCUUUUUUUUUUUUUUUUAAUUUAAAAAAAUAAUUGAAUUACGACUAUGAUUAUUAAAGCAUGUGUUCCUACGGGCCUGUAUACGAUCAAUGUGUGCGAGUCAUCUUUUUAAUUCAAGGACAUACAGACAUCAAUCAGCUGUAACAUGAAAUCCACUUUACUUUUAUUAGCAAAUUUCAAGGUCACAAGGGGAUUAUCUCUCCUCUCUCUCUCUCUCUUUCUAUCUUUCCUGUAUUUUCUACCUCGCACGACCUCUUUCCUCCCAUCUCCAGACGCCUCUUAAUCGCCUCCUUCCAUCUUCUUCUUUUUUUCGUCCGUCCUUUAUCGAUAAGCACAAAAAAAACCACACACAUACAGUUCGCCUCGUUCUCAUUAAUGC